ACCAUUCAUUGAUCUCCUCCAUCUCCCUCUCUCUUUCUUCUCAAAUCUCAAAAAAUCCUCACUUUACUUUUCAUCACUAUCUUCCCCAUUUUCACACAAUGUUCAAAUUAUACAUCCUUAUCCCAUCUCUUACACUUCUAAUCUCAAUUCCAAUAAUCUUUUUUUUAGCCCCAUCUAUCCUUCCUCAACGCCAAAUUACCAUUUCUAUCCCUGAUGAACUUGACGAUCUUUCCCUUUUUCACAAAGCCAUAACCGCCGAUUCAACUUUCCUUAAAAAACCUUCCCAUAAAUACCCUUCCAACAAAUUCCGACUAGGUUCAACCACCAUCCACCGCCCUAAAAUCGCCUUUCUUUUCUUAACAAACUCCGAUUUGCACUUUCAGUCCCUGUGGAACAAGUUCUUUAACCUUUCUGAUCCACAUCUUUAUAAUAUUUACAUUCACGCUGACCCCACAGUUAAAAUCACACCUCCAGUUGGUGUUUUUUCUAACAGAUUUAUACAUUCUAAGAGAACUCAACGCUCAUCACCGACACUUAUUUCAGCCACGCGCCGCUUGCUUGCUCACGCGGUUCUUGAUGAUCCAGAUAACGUUUAUUUCGCUCUUAUUUCACAGCAUUGUAUCCCUUUACACUCUUUUAAUUACUUUUACAGUUUUUUACUAGAUACCCAAAAAUUAUCAAACAAAAUGGAGUUUCCUAGUUAUAUAGAGAUUUUAAAUGAAUCUCCUUCAUUAUUAGAUAGAUAUAAUGCUAGAGGUGAAAAUGUAAUGGAACCUGAAGUUGGGUUUGAUAAAUUCCGGGUCGGGUCACAGUUUUUUGUGAUUACAAGAAAACAUUCCUUAAUGGUUAUCAAGGAUAGUAAGCUGUGGAGGAAAUUCAAGAAACCUUGUGUAAAAAUUGAAUCUUGUUAUCCUGAAGAGCAUUAUUUUCCUACUUUGUUAUCAAUGGAGGAUCCAAAUGGGUGUAAAGGUUAUACAUUGACUCGGGUUAAUUGGACUGAUAGUGUUGAUGGGCAUCCACGUACUUAUCAUCCAUUUGAAGUUUCAUCAGAGCUGAUUUAUAAGCUUAGAGAGUCGAAUUCGACGUAUUCGUUUAUGUUUGCAAGGAAAUUCUCACCGGAUUGCUUGAAACCGUUGAUGGAAAUGGCAGAUUCCGUCAUUUUUAAGGACUAAAGUUUCUUUUUUCUUGCUAAUGAUGAAGAGGAGAAAUCUUAUGCAAACUGUGAUUGUUGUGAAGAAAAAGAACGCAUCUUGGAGUAUCAGAUGGGAAUGAGGUCUUGAAGGGUUGUCAAAAAGAAGGCCCUCAGCCAAAGUAACCCCAAAAAGAAUCCAACUCAAAGCUUUGAAUGAGCUUUCAAAGAAAGCAACAAAAAGCAAGCAGUAGACAGAAGGUACUGUUGAGGUGUAAUUUAGUAAUGUUUUGUUUUUUUAUUUUUAAAUUAGGCGUUCAGUAUUCCACUUGCUCGACUAAGGAGUUAAAACGCUCCGUACCAAGAGGAUCUCUGCUCUAGCUCGAAUUCAAUUUGGUAAAAUUUCUAGUUGUAGCUGGUGGGGUUUGAGGAGAGGAGGCCUUUAGGCUCUUCCCUUUGUUGCGUUGUGUGUUCUUCUUGUACAUAGAUACUAAGAAUAUUUCGGUGAAUCAUGAGUGGAUGAUUAGAGGGCUGUUAUUGUGAAGGUUGUUAAAUGGUGGAUUGAGCCAUAAGCAAAUAAAGAGAGGGCUAAAUCCAAGUCUUUUUCUCCAA